UCCAAUGAGGCUUCACUCCCUUUCCCUUAGUUUAGUUUUUCUGUUGCUGUGUUUGCUCACCUUCUGCAAUGCAGCUUUUGAGAUUGCUGGAUCUGCACAAUGCGCUGAUUGCGAACUAAACAACUUCAAAACUGCCCACGCCUUUUCAGGUCUUCAUGUAACAAUCGAUUGUAAGGUCGAGAAAGAGAUCAAGAGAGUCGGCAAGGGCGAGCUAGACGCCGAUGGCAAAUUCAAAAUCUCACUCCCCAAGGAAAUAAUCGUCGACGUCAAGAACAAACACUGCUUCGCCCAACUCCACAGCGCCGCCACCCCGUGCCCCGGCGUGGGGGCCACCCAAAUCGUAUUCAAAUCCCAAAUCGAUGGAAAAGUCACAUUUACCCCCAAAGAAGCCCUCACCUUCUCCACCGCCUUGUGCACCUCCAAAUUCUUGUGGCCAUUUUUCGAGUACCCACCUCUACCUAAAACCUACUCAUGGAAAAAACAUUGGCCCCAAAUUACUAUUCCACCCCUCAAAAAGCACCAUUGGAAAAAAGUCUGGCCCAAAAUCACCAUUCCGCACCCAAUUGUUAAGACCCUUCCGCCACCCGUUCCCAUUUACAAGCCCAAGCCCAAGAUACCAGUUGUUAAGCCGCUUCCGCCAUCUGUUCCAGUUUACAAGCCCAAGCCCAAGCUGCCGGUUGUUAAGCCACAUCCACCAUCAGUCCCCAUUUACAAGCCCAAGCCCAAGAUACCAGUUGUUAAGCCGCUUCCGCCAUCUGUUCCAGUUUACAAGCCCAAGCCCAAGCUGCCGGUUGUUAAGCCGCAUCCGCCAUCUGUCCCAGUUUACAAGCCCAAGAUACCAGUUGUUAAGCCGCUUCCGCCAUCUGUUCCAGUUUACAAGCCCAAGCCCAAGCUGCCGGUUGUUAAGCCGCAUCCGCCAUCUGUCCCAGUUUACAAGCCCAAGCCCAAGCCCAAGAUACCAGUUGUUAAGCCGCUUCCGCCAUCUGUUCCAAUUUACAAGCCCAAGCCCAAGCUGCCGGUUGUUAAGCCACAUCCACCAUCAGUCCCCAUUUACAAGCCCAAGCCCAAGAUACCAGUUGUUAAGCCGCUUCCUCCAUCUGUUCCAAUUUACAAUCCCAAACCACCUGUUAAGCAUCUUCCGCCACAUGUCCCCAUCUACAAGCCACCUACGAAGCCGAUCCCACAUCCAUUUCACAAGCCGCCGGUGGUGAAGCCGUCUGUGCCUAUCUAUAAGCCGCUGCCUCCACUAUUUCCACUCCCACCAUUCUAUAAAAAGCCUUGCCCUCCAUUCUCUAAGUUUCCUCCAAAGAGCUAUGGCCACCCCAAAUUUGGAUAUUUCCCAAAAUUCCCACCCUUUAAACCCAUUCCAUGAGCUACCUUGUAGCCAUUUUCUAUGUUUGUUUUAAAAUUGAAAUACUUAAUUUAUCAUCUGUGAAAUAAGAAUUUAUUUUUUCACUUAUUAAGUUUGGGAGCUCGAGUGAAAAGAAAUAGGGAAAUUGUGUAUUGUGUAUUGAUAUUUGCUUAUGCUUCAACUUCGAAAUGAAUUUAUUGUUGUUUGUUUCUAA